AUGAUUUUCUACGCUCUUCUCCUGUUGCCACUGGUCACCGGCAAUGGGGUACCCCUCCACCAAUUGUCACUCUCGAGCAAUGUCAAGUGGAAUACAAAUCGAUAAUGGAUUUCUGGAUUCUUAAAUUGCAAUAGUUCCAGAAUUUAUCAGUCAGUUUUGUUCAAUCAACGUUGGAUUCUAGACACAUAUCUUGGAAAGUUGGAACCAUGUCUGUUGCAUCAAUUGACAAUUGAGCUCGACAAUUAUGAAAUUGAUUCAAAUUCCUUUUAA